AUGGCGUGCCUCCUUCGUUCCUACAGGCCGGACGUUGAUCUGCUACUACAAUACGUCCACACGCAGCUAGACCGGGCAAUUGUGUCGGCACUCAUUGAAGCUGCCCUUCGAACCCUGCCCCCUGACACUACGCCAGAAGGCAAAGCCGAGAGCAAGAUAAGAAUGCAGAAGAAAAGGCAGGAGGCGGAGGUUGCUGAGGCCUUGUUCAUCGAUCGUGUCCGAGCGUCUGGCUGUCUGUUUCUCACACAAGCCGAACAGAAAGCAGUGCAACUGCGUCUAACGCCUGAUGUUCGGUUCCUGGAGCCAGUAUCAAUUGAUGGACAUUUGUGCCACUGGCUGGAAUACAAGAACUUCUUUGGCUUCCGAGCUAACCCCUUCGUUGCGUCCAAAGUCAAGAAGCAAUUGAAGAAUUACGCUUCCACCCUGGGGCCCGGUGCUGUGGUCACCGAUCUCGUUCAAGCCGAUCAGUGA